GUACAUUCCAAAUUGUGACACUUCCGUUGAGUCCUUCCGCUGUUGUGCACGUGAAAACAGUUGACAUUGGGCGACACUUUGGUCAACGAUGGAGUUGACUGUGAGGAUUAAUUGUUCUGGUUCACAAACUAGUCACCAUGGCUUCAUCCUGUGCACAGCUGUGUCUGAAAUGCAGAAGUCUUCUGUGCUCCAAGACAGUGGCUACUACCUGGCAGCAUUCCACACAGGUUCGCCACUGCAGAACAGUUACACCGGUAAUCACCAAAGUCCUGAAUGGAUCCUCGUUUUUUAGUGGGAAUCACAGAACAUCUCCGGCAAGUCAGAGGUGGAAACAACAGAUGUUCUGUUACAGUGAAUUAUCGGUCAAACAUCUGGCAACUGAGGCUAAGGAAGACAAGUUUAAAGAGGAGUUGUCAAGAGCUGAUGUCGUGGCUUACAAGAGCCCCCUGUUGCCAGUGAAUGAAAUCCAGAUGCCAUUAGAUCUGGAUGCUGCUGCUGAAUUUUCUGCGUUAGAGGAGAUCACUCAUGAAGAGGCUGUCAGUAUAUCUGUUCCUGCAGCCAUUCCCCCAUCCUCCACCUCUCUCAGAGACUACGUUGACAAGUCUGAGACACUUAGCAAGCUGGUACAACUAGGUGUGAAUCUGUGGAAGCUUGAACAAAGGCCCAACGUGGGCACCAUGCUGCUGAAGCUCGACUUCAACAUGGACGUGGCUCCGAGGCUGCUGUUUCUCAAACACAUAGGGGUGGAGGAGUCUCACAUCGGCUAUAUCAUCACACACAACCCCUUCAUUCUCACUGAGGAUUUAGAAAGCCUGCAGGCAAGGGUGAACUAUCUCAAGUCAAAGAAGUUCAGCUCUGAGACCGUUGCAUCCAUGGUGUCCAGAGCUCCGUACUUAUUAAACUUCAGUGUGAAGAGGCUCGACAAUAGACUGGGUUUUUAUCAGCAGCAACUCAACCUCAGUGCUUCUAAUACCCGGAACAUUAUAGCUCGUCUGCCCAGAUUACUGUGUGGCAGUUUGGAGCCUGUUAAAGAAAAUCUGAAGGUAUGUGAAAUUGAGCUUGGUUUUAAGGAAAAUGAGAUCCAACACAUAGCUCUCACUGUCCCUAAAGUGCUGACUGCCAAUAAAAGGAAGCUAACCCAAUUAUUUGACUUCAUCCACAACACCAUGAAGGUGCCCCACCAUCUGAUCACCAAGUUCCCACAGGUCCUGAACACCAAGUACUUGCGUGUCAGAGAGCGGCACCUGUUCCUCGAGUUCCUUGGAAAAGCUCAGUAUGACCCAGACCUGCCCAACUACAUCUCCCUGGAUCGACUGGUGUCCUUGCCAGAUGAGAUCUUUUGCACUGAGUUGGCUUUGGCAACAUUGGAAGAUUUUUAUUUGUUCCAAAAGACACUGUGAUACUUUGUGAGGGGACAUAAAAGUGGACUUAAGAGAAGAAGUGGUCCAACAUGCAGAAUAAAUACCAUGUACUAUGUAUGAUUCAUGCAGACAUCAAUGUCUUUAAACAUACAGUACUAUAGUACUAUAGAGCAUCAACAGAGUUUGAUAUAAAAAGUUUGCUUUGUAAAUGUGAUGUUUAAUAAAUAUACACAUUGUAAAUCA